CUCAAGGGCUAUCAGCUCAAGGGCCUUCGCUGGCUGGCCAAUCUCUACGAACAGGGCAUCAACGGCAUCCUAGCAGAUGAAAUGGGCUUGGGCAAGACCAUUCAGUCCAUCUCUACCCUCGCCCAUCUGGCUGAACAUGAGGGCAUCUGGGGUCCAUUCUUGGUCGUCACACCGGCCUCGACCCUACAUAACUGGUGUGAGGAGGUCUCUCGCUUUACGCCCGAGCUGAAGGCUCUCACCGCUGGCAUCGGCUCCGGGGCACCGGUGGCGAACUGCAUGGCCUGGCAGGUGACGUCUUACGAGAUUGUGGUCAAGGAUGCCAAGUACUUUAAUCGCGUUCAUUGGCAGUACAUGAUUUUGGACGAGGCCCAGGCCAUCAAAAGCAGCACCAGCCAGCGGUGGAACACAUUGCUCAAGUUCAACUGUCGCAAUCGUCUCCUGCUCACGGGCACGCCCAUACAAAAUACCAUGGCAGAGCUCUGGGCCCUGCUGCAUUUUAUCAUGCCGACGCUCUUUGACUCACACGAUGAGUUCAACGAGUGGUUCUCCAAGGACAUUGAAUCCCAUGCUCAGAACAGCAGCAGCAAGCUUGACGAGAAGCAGCUGCAGCGCCUUCACAUGAUCCUGCAGCCCUUCAUGUUGCGCCGUAUCAAGCGCAAUGUUGAGAAUGAGCUGCCAGAUAAGGUCGAGGUCAUGAUCAAAUGCCCGCUCUCAGCUCGUCAAUCGCGCAUCUACCGUCGACUCAAGAGCAACAUCAAACGCGAUCAAUUGAGCGCCAUCACGUCAGCAGCGAUGGCACCCGUGUCGCGGAGCUCGCGUGCGGAGGACAAGGCCCUUUCCAGCCUGUUGAACAUGGUGAUGCAGUUUCGUAAAAUCUGCAAUCACCCCAACCUCAUUGCACGGCGCCCCGUGCGCUCCCCCGUUACGCAUGCACAACUGUUUGUGGCCGACUGCGCCAAAUUGCAGGUCUUGGACGACAUGCUGCGGCGCCUCAAAGCAGGGGGGCAUCGUGUGCUGAUCUACUCCCAAAUGACCAAGAUGAUCGAUCUGUUGGAAGAGUUCUUGACACAUCGCCAGUACAAAUAUGUGCGCUUGGAUGGGUCAUCCAAGAUUAGCGAACGCCGGGACAUGGUGGCUGAUUUCCAAUCACGGGAUGAUAUCUUUGCGUUUAUUCUAUCAACGCGUGCGGGCGGCAUUGGCAUCAAUCUGACGGCAGCGGACACGGUCAUUUUCUACGACUCUGAUUGGAACCCCACUGUGGAUCAGCAGGCCAUGGAUCGUGCCCAUCGCCUGGGCCAAACCCGCACAGUGACGGUGUACCGCCUCAUCACGCGCAAUUCCGUGGAGGAACGCAUUUUAGCGCGUGCUCAAGAGAAGAGCAAAGUGCACCAAAUGGUUAUUCAAGGCGGC